AUGUCAGCACUCCAACACCAUCUAACUCCUAGCGGAGUGGCCACCCCCGGUACCGUAGCCGCCCUUCGUGGUGAACUCCCAUACUCCAGGCCGCCCACCCCUCAGUCCCAUCCUAAUGUCGUUGGAUUCAUUGGAUUGGGAAAUAUGGGGUAUUUGAUGGCCCGCAACCUAGCCCGCGAGAUUGAACAUGCCCCGUUGUUGGUAUACAACCGCUCGAGAGCUAAAUGCGAGAAGCUUCAGAAGGAAGUCGGAGAAUCUAAAGUGAAGAUCGUCGAUACUCCAGGGGAGCUUGCCAGUCUCGCGGAUAUUACUUUUACUUCUCUUGGCUCCGAUGACGUUGUUCGUUCGAUAUACUACGACAUCGCACAGACCCUCGAAGGGAUAAAGAGCAGUGGGACAGCAGAAAAACCCAAGAUCUUUGUCGACACGAGCACAGUAUAUCCCAAGCUUACUGUCGAGAUUGAUAGACUGCUCUCCAAGAUCCCACAUGUCCACUUCGUCUCAGGACCUGUCUUUGGACCCCCAGCUGCGGCCGAGAAGGGACAACUUGUCUCUGCUUUGGCCGGUCACUACAGGAGUAAAAAAGAGGUUGCAUACAUUCUCGUUCCGGCGGUCUCCCGAAAGGUCAUUGACCUUGGCGGUAAUGUUGAGAAGGCGGCUUCUAUGAAGUUGGUCGGCAACUCGUUUAUUUUGGGAGCCAUCGAGCUUAUUGCAGAGACCCAGACUUUGGCCGAUAAGGCAGGUGUCGGGGCCGAGCAGCUUGACGCCUUUAUCGGUGAUAUGUUCCCAAUCCCAUUGUUGACGAAUUACAGCAAGAAAAUGCUUCAUGAUAGCUUUGAUGGAAAUCAAGGUUUCCAUCUUGAGGGCGGCCUUAAGGACGCCAGCCAUAUUCUCCAGCUCGCCCAAGAUAGCAAUUCUCCUAUGCCGAUAAUCACGCUGGCAAGGGAUCAUCUUCUUACCGCCCGUGCGCAGGAGGCGAAACCUUACCCAUCGCUCGAUUGGAGUGCCCUGGUCAGUGGAAACAGGCUCGCCGCAGGGUUGGAUGCAUUUGAUCACCGGAAGCAUCAACACAAAGUCGAGAAGGAGGAUGAUUAG